AGUGUUAAUUGUGACUCGGUGCUGGGAAACGGGAAAAGAAUUGUGUGGUGCUCAUGUGAGGAGGAGGAUUCGCCACGAAGAAGGAUUUUUAUUCUUAAAUAAAUAAAUUCAGUGUUCUGUGUAUUAGAAUCUAAGAAGAUUGCUAAGAAAUUAAAUUCUCAAAGAGCGUGGGAGUGAGAGUUAAGGAAAGACUUAACGAUGUAUUCGUCCUUCAGAUAUCUACGACCAAUUGUGGUCUUUGCAGGAGUUAUAGGAAUGCUGCAAUCGCUACUGUGGAUAGCCUUUGCCAUCGUCGCUCUGACCGCCUAUUACUGCCACAUGACCUUCGAGAAUGUCGUCCCGAGUGUGGGAUCCCUCUUUGAGCUCACCUUCUUCCACGUCUACUUCCGCGGUCCCUGCGACUUGCCCGACUUCCCGAUCAUUGACUUUGGCAUCGUCAACAAUCUCCCCCUGUUGGAGCCACUCGAUGUGCACGCCAUGGCCUGGGCCUACCUCAUUAUCUCCUUCUUCUGGCUCAUUAGCUCUCUCACGAUCAUCAUCACGUGCAAAGAAGACUACAUUAGAUAUGCAAAUAUUUUCCUGUACAUUUGGAUUUUACUCACAUUGGGCGUGUCAAUCGUAGACAUGGCUCUGGGUAUCCUCUUUGGGCUCGAUUAUGGAACAAUAAUGACGGAAGCUCACAACUUCGCAUUGGACGGAGCAACGAUCAAUCAUGCGAUCCUUCUUGCAGCACAGGCUUCAGCAGGUGUCCUGAUGGGAGUUGCAUUUCGAGGAUUCCUUCUUUGGCUCAUUAACAUCGCCCUAGCUCUCUACCUUCUCACGCAUACCUUCAAGAUAUCUGAUCACAAUCGCAUGAAGAGUGGAAUUGAUAACGCAACCUUUGCAUCUGAGCCACAUUCCCUCAAAAACGACAGACCCAUCGAUGCUUAUGGAUUCAACAGCACUCGUCCAGUGAGUACUUGGCAGACUCCAAGUUCCUUCCACCCCGAUAGACAUCCAGUCGUGGAUGAUCGUGACUAUCGGCGUCCUAUUACAACCUACGAACUCCAUCCAACGCCACAACAGCCACCACCACCGGUUACACGUCGUCGCGAUGACGAUGUAAUUCUCCGCCGAGACGCUGCUGCGAGCGUGGCACGUGAAAUAAAUCAUCGCAAUAGCUUCAGGAAUGAACCUGGUGUUCCAGCACCCGACUACAGUCCACCGAUGCCACGGAGCAAUCCCUAUGAAAACCGUCCGGCGCUAAAGUCCGCCAUGAGAGCUUCCCGAUAUCAGUAGGAAUAAAAAUGUAAAAAAAAGUUAGCGCGGUCAACUCACACUUAUCAUCUUCAAUUCACGCCAAUUCAGUGACAUUUUUCCCCACAGCGAGAAUGAGAAUAAAGAGAAAUUUGAGGAAA